CACACCACAAGUUUCAACUACGAGUCUACGACGCUGAAGUUCUAUCAAGUUAAAUAUUCUGAAGAAAAAAAAAUCUCAGAUUUGAUCUUAGACAUCGUGCUUGCCGUUGCAGAUCGGAGUUUUCAAAUGAUAUGAAAUUUAUGAAAUCGGGAAAAGCUUAAGAGAUUCAUGGGGAAGCCGGCGAAUGCGUGGAUGGGAAUGCAGAAGAAGAAAUGGUCUUUGAUGGUUCUGGCGCUGUUUUCUCUCUCCACUGCCAUGGUUUUCUUCAUGAGAACUGCGUUUGAUUCAUGCAACGCAAACACCAGCAGUAGUUUCGAGGAAGGAAGAGAUAGAGCUAGUGAGUUGGUUCACUCAGCAGGUCGAGCCGGGAGCGGCGGGCCGAGCCCUCUGGAUUUCAUGAAGUCCAAGCUGGUUCUCUUAGUUUCCCAUGAGCUCUCUCUUUCUGGGGGUCCUUUAUUAUUGAUGGAGCUAGCGUUCUUGUUAAGAGGAGUGGGAGCUGAGGUUGUUUGGAUAACAAACCAGAAACCAGAGGAGGCUGAUGAGGUGAUUUACAGUUUGGAGAAUAAAAUGCUGGACCGAGGAGUACAGGUCUUCCCUGCAAAGGGCCAAAAAGCUAUAGAUACAGCUCUGAAGGCUGAUUUGGUUGUUUUAAAUACUGCUGUUGCUGGAAAAUGGCUCGAUGCCGUUCUCAAGGAAAAUGUUCCUCGUGUUCUUCCAAAGGUGUUGUGGUGGAUUCAUGAAAUGCGAGGGCAUUAUUUCAAAGUGGAGUAUGUUAAGCAUCUCCCUUUUGUUGCAGGUGCCAUGAUAGACUCGCAUACAACAGCAGAAUAUUGGAAGAACAGGACUCAGGAGCGUUUAGGGAUCAAAAUGCCAGAUACCUAUGUUGUGCACCUUGGAAAUAGCAAGGAGCUAAUGGAAGUUGCUGAAGAUAGUGUAUCCAGAAGGGUUCUUCGUGAGCAUGUCCGAGAGUCUCUUGGAGUGCGAAAUGAAGAUCUACUCUUUGCCAUCAUAAAUAGUGUUUCACGUGGAAAAGGUCAGGAUCUAUUUCUUCGUUCCUUUCACGAAAGUCUGCAAAUUAUCAAGGAGAAGAAAUUGCAGGUGCCAUCUAUGCAUGCAGUAGUAGUAGGAAGUGAUAUGAGUAAGCAGACAAAAUUUGAAACAGAGCUGCGCAACUUUGUGAUAGAGAAAAAAAUUCAGGAUCGUGUUCACUUUGUGAAUAAAACCCUGACUGUAGCUCCAUAUCUGGCUGCAAUUGAUGUUCUUGUCCAGAAUUCUCAGGCCCGAGGAGAGUGCUUUGGAAGGAUAACUAUUGAAGCAAUGGCCUUUCAGCUGCCUGUACUGGGCACGGCAGCUGGGGGUACCAUGGAGAUUGUGGUGAAUGGCACAACAGGACUGCUGCAUCCCGUUGGUAAAGAAGGUACGACAUCGCUGAAGAAUAACAUUGUAAAAUUAGCCACACAUGUAGAAAGGAGGUUGACAAUGGGCAAGAAAGGAUAUGAGAGAGUGAAGGAAAGAUUUUUGGAACCGCAUAUGGCACAAAGGAUUGCUUUGGUUUUAAGGGAGGUGUUGCAGAAAGCAAAGAGCCGCACCAAUUCUUAACUUGUAGGAAGAGACUAUUUAAGUUAAACAUAUUCGCGGCCUCCAAUUCUUCAUUCUCAAGCGAGGAUGUAAGUCAUUUGUAGCAUAUGUGGCAGGAGAUUAGGUCAACUGGGAAAGUGUAGAGAAGAGAGUUGGGAAUUCAUCAACGGUAUACGUACAGUUUUCUAUAAUGUAAAUUUUCUGUUUACCCAGAAAAAAAAAUUUGUAAAUUCGUUUGGGCAUGAAAUGUGAUGGAAUUGGAUUUU